CCGUGAUUCACAGUUUUGGUUGAAAAUUGGCGGCUAUGGUAUGGACGCAUCGAUGAUUGACGCAGUGUUCCCAGUACCCAUUCAAUCCAUUAGAGCGAGACAACACCCUCGACGACGUUAGGAAACAGAAAGACUUGUCUGGGUAGACGGAUAUGGGACUCGUUCAACCAUACUGGGUAGAGCAGAGCGAUCAUGGUCGAUGAGGAGACGACAAUCUUCCCUCUAGCAACAUUACCCGCUUGCGCCUCGCAGUGUGGUCCCUUAUAUGAUGUGAACGGCGCCUGCGUUCCCCCAGCAGCCCCGACCGCCGACGCACUCACGUACGAUAGCUGCUUCUGCAGCGAUUCCCGCCUUGCUCCGUUCAGCUCCGGCACAGCUGGGGUUUGCGAUACAGUUUGCACGGCGAACCCCGCAGAUUUGGGCAGCAUUCGAAAUUGGUAUACGAGUUUCUGCCAGAGCGUCGAGUCGGCAAAGGGAGUGGCCACGCCAACUGCAUCAUCAAGCUCACGGCCGAGCACUGGUGGAGGUGGUGGUUCGACCUGGCUAAGCACUCAUUACCAAUGGGUUAUUUUCCUCGUCAUUAUGGUUGUCGCCAUCGUCGGCAUCUGGGUGGGCGCCUGCAUCUGGCGUCGCCGCUACCUCCGCAAGAAGGACCGGGUGUAUGCCCUCGGCACUGGUCGGGCUCGCGCGACCGAGUCCGGGCGAGUGGUUCCCAAUGCCGACAGUGCCGGGUCAAUACACGUGCCUGCUGCGGGCAUGUUUGACCCCGCUCCCAUCAGCUCCGCCGGUGUGUACGGCGACGGCGCUGAGAAGCCCAAGAGGAAGAAGUGGCUUUCCAGGGACCGCACGUAGAGCAGCCACGGGAGCUCAGCAAAGGGGCACAACGUCAGACCCACAAUACGACUGACACACUUGAAUUCACGGUGUAUAUUUUCCCUCGGUCGCUGCGUGGAUGAACGAUCUUGGAGCCGCCGAACCGACCAUGCAUUCUUCUACUUUGAGAACAUGCAUUUCAACACAACUCCCACAUUCUGGUUGCCAACCUACAAAGUCCAGUGUAAUCAACUUGAAUAUCCUCCUUUUUUCGAUACUCUCCUUACAAAAAGCUAUGGUAGGGACGGCCAGACACGGGCGGAACGACAUGGCCAGUGGCGGUUUGGCGUUGAGGGCUGGCGUUUGACUUCACAUUGUUUUUAUUCUCAAAGACCACCCAACGUGG